GCAAAGCCCCACUAUGGGGGAAUGAAAGUCAACGUGAAUGCGGGUUUGGAUGCAGAAGGAGUGGAUUUGGGUGUGGUUGUACGAGACCACGCAGGAAACUUUGUAUUGGCAGCAGCUAAGAGGAUGAAGGACAUCAAGGAUCCGACGAUGGGGGAAGCGCUGGCCGUUGAGUUUGGAUUACAGUUGGUUAGGCAGCACCAUAUUGCAGCGCCGAUGGUGGAAUCCGACUGUUUGACGGUGGUUAAUAGUACGAAUGGGACGGUGGAAGUGGAGACAGAAGUCGGGAUUGUCUACAGGAACAUAAAGAAUCUGUUAGGGGAGUUUGAGAACGGAAGCCUGCGGCAUGUGAGCAGGAAGGCUAAUGAAGCGGCACAUAUAAUGGCCCAUACGAUGACUCGAUGGAAUAGAGCGGAAGUUUGGUUUGAUAGACCCCCGCUGAAUCUGUUAGAUCAGCUUGUAAUUGACAAUGUUGAUUCUGUUGCGAUUGAAUAAAAGCUGAGUGCAGGUUACCAUAAAAAAAAAAACUUUAGCCGGGUUUUACAAUUAGAAUCUUUUUUAUUAGAUAAGAGUAAUAUAUGCUUGCUUUUUGU